CUGAUAUUGGAUCGGUGCAAUAUUUGGUUUAAAGUCGCCAUGUCGGUUGAAGAUCUACGACAUUUAUUUGCUGAAUUUCAUUUAAAUUCUGAACAGACCAGACUAAGACCAGAACCGCUAAAGGUGACCACCUUUGUAGAUGAGCUCUUGAUGUCGUUUGGAAAAAAGCGCUUCUUAUUAGAUAGCAUGGUUUUUGGGCAUUGCCAGUUGGAGCAGACAUCGGACGAAUACGCAUCCUGCAGGGACAAGUUUUUAUCGUCAAUGAGGGUGCCGAGAGUGAUUAUAAAAAUCGACAAAAUUUUCAAUGCCUUUCUGCUGGCACAUUACAAAUUGAAAACGGCGCAGAAAGUCGAAGACUAUGGUCGUGUUUCGAUCAAGGAUCUAUUUCACGGAACAGCAUGCAAAAACUUGUUGUCAAUUUGCGAAAACAAUUUCAAUUGGCGUUUGAAUGGUCGAUCGGUAGGCCACAAAUUCGGGCAGGGUAUAUCCUUUGCCAAACGAUCGACGUAUGCAUCACAUUACCCACGCAACUCUAAGGACUGUCCGAGAAUUAUGUUCCUGGCACGGGUUGCAGUAUCCAAAGAAUGCUUGGGACAUCAAGGGAUGAUCGUGCCAUCCGAAGGAUGCGACACUUCUAUUAAGAUUGAUGGAGACGUAAUUGUUAAAUACGAAGACGCUGAAUGCUACCCUAAAUAUGUUAUUUUUUAUAAGUAACUCACUUAUACUAGAAUCAUUAUUUUACUUUCGAACUGCCUUUAAUUGUAUUAUCUGGUUUUACAAUGUGAUUGAUUUACUUUGCCAACACAUCUAAUAAUUUUUGUAUUAGGAUUAUACCUUUCUAUAUAUGACUAGCGGUAUUUUAUUUCCGUACUAAACCAAUGAGUCAAACUUAAUUCAGCAUUUUUAGAAGCAAAAAAAUCAGUUCUCUGAGGAUGGACCAUAAAAAACAGAAAUUUAAUUCUAAUUUUUUUACCUUUUACAAGAGUUAUUCGCCUGUACAGAUAAACACUAUGAACAGUGAACAGCUGGAAUAUGGAACAAAUUCAUUUAAAAAUCAGGUAAAACAGUGGGUGAAUAAAUGUUCAUACCCAGUUACUUUUAUUUAAUUGGAACACCACUUUUUAAAUCCA